UGGCCAAUCUGCCAUCUCACUAAUCCCGUCUCCUCUCUGCUCCUCAAAUCUGGUUUGGCUUUUAGAGACAGGAUCUCAGCGCUGAGCAUCCCCACAGAUCCUACAAAUCCCCCACGUGGCAGCCAGGGCCUCACCCUGCCCCGUGGGAUCAGCUGGUGAGACUUUACCAGUUGCCCCAGAGCAUCAGGUUGCUCAGCAUCUGAAAGCACAGAUCCUCUCCUGACCUCCCUGGCCAUCCCGACUGGUUGGUGACAAAUCACAACAAGCCCUCCAACCUCUGACAGACAUCCCAAGGGACAGACAACAUGGCAGCCUGUGUGAAGACCAAUAAAUCCCAUGUCAUCUUUAAGAAGGUCUCUCGGGACAAGUCGGUGACCAUCUAUCUGGGGAAGAGAGACUAUAUAGACCAUAUCAGCCGAGUAGAACCUGUAGAUGGAGUUGUCCUAGUGGAUCCCGAGCUUGUGAAAGGGAAGAAAGUGUAUGUCACUCUGACUUGUGCCUUCCGCUAUGGCCAGGAGGACAUCGAUGUGAUUGGCCUGACCUUCCGCAGGGACCUGUAUUUUUCUCGGGUCCAGGUAUACCCUCCUGUUGGGGCUGUGAGCGCCCCCACCCAACUGCAGGAGAGCCUGCUCAAGAAACUGGGAAACAACUCGUAUCCAUUUCUGCUCACGUUUCCUGACUACCUGCCGUGUUCAGUGAUGUUGCAGCCUGCUCCACAAGAUGUUGGGAAGAGCUGUGGGGUCGACUUUGAGGUCAAAGCAUUUGCCACAGACCUCACAGAUGCUGAAGAGGAUAAGAUCCCCAAGAAGAGCUCUGUGAGGUUACUGAUCCGGAAAGUGCAGCAUGCCCCACCUGACAUGGGUCCCCAGCCCUGUGCUGAGGCAUCCUGGCAGUUCUUCAUGUCUGACAAGCCCCUGAACCUCUCAGUCUCCCUCACCAAAGAGAUAUACUUCCAUGGAGAACCCAUCCCUGUGACCGUGACUGUGACCAAUAACACAGAGAAGGUUGUGAAGAAGAUUAAUGUGUCAGUGGAACAAAUAGCCAAUGUGGUUCUCUACUCAAGUGAUUCCUACAUCAAGCCUGUGGCCACAGAGGAAACACAAGAAAAAGUGCAGCCAAACAGCACAUUGACCAAGACCCUGGUGCUGGUGCCUCUGCUGGCUAACAACAGGGAAAGAAGAGGUAUUGCACUGGAUGGGAAGAUCAAGCAUGAAGACACCAACCUGGCCUCUAGCACCAUCAUCAAGGAGGGCAUUGACAGGACUGUCAUGGGCAUCCUGGUGUCAUACCAUAUCAAGGUGAAGCUCACAGUGUCAGGCUUUCUAGGAGAGCUCACAUCCAGUGAAGUGGCUACUGAAGUGCCAUUCCGCCUCAUGCACCCACAGCCUGAGGACCCAGUGUUCAGGAUGAAAAUUUGGUUUUUGAGGAGUUUGCUCGUCAAAAUCUGAAAGACACUGGAGAGAACACAGAAGGGAAGAAAGAUGAAGAUGAAUGAAAAGUUAGCCUAGAUGCCUAGAAACCACUUGUAGUUCCGGGUACCAUGAGCAAAGCCCCCGGUAACCUUUCAGAGUCAUGUUAGAUAUGAAAGUGUGAGUAUUCCUC